UAGGCGUUAAAAAAGUACGCAACACUCUCUUCGUAAAAUUAUAUUUAAAAGUAGUAAAAGUUAAUAUUAUUACCUUUUUGCUUUGCCACCGUACUUAAAAAUCAACAACUUAGACGCACUGUCGUUUGUCACCACUUCUAUGGUGUGACACUAGCACUUCACUGCACUCCUGUACCGGUUCUCCAUCACAUCAACUUAUCAUCGCCAUGGCCACACUAUCCGAUGUGCAACAGCUCCAGUCAUCUCUUGAGGCUUCACUGCACCAGCGCAUGAGUGACUUCGAAUCACAACUCAAGACCUCCGCUGAGCCCUCAUCGCUUGUACGGCUGUAUGAAGAGUUCAGGGCGUUCAAGGAAACUGUUCACGGCAUCCUGCAGCUGUUACGCAAGCAAAUAUGUGAGCUUUCUAAAGUCACAGAUGCAUUGGAGAUGAGGCAUCGUCGAAAGUGUCUACUGUUUGGUGGUAUAGCGGAGGAUCCUAAGGAGCAGACCACCGCUGUGAUAAGUGACAUCUUGUGUGAGCGUUUUGACAUGAAGGACAUUAGCUCCUCUACAUUUGCUGCAUGCCACAGGCUUGGAUCCGCAUCUAAGGGUCGCACACGACCCAUUUUGGUCCGGUUUGUGGACCACUCCAUAAAGUCAGCGGUGUGGAGAAAGAAGACUGUCCUGAAGGGAACCUCUACUGUACUGUCGGAAUUCCUCACACGUCCAAGGCAAGAACUUUUUAUGGAGGCACGCAAGCGGUUUGGCAUCACAAACUGCUGGACACUUGACGGCAACAUAUACGCCAAGUUGCCGGGUGGGAUGCGUCGCCAAAUUCAUAAUGUGCAAGAUCUCGACUGCGACAAGCAGCCUGUUCUUGCCGGACCGGCUAGAGAGAGUCCAGCUACAGCGGACAAGAGGAGCAAGACCGCGUCCACCUCGGCCCCGCAGCGCUCCAAACGUACGGUCACCAAACUGGUUGCCGGGAAAUGAUAACUACCCGACAGUACUUGU